AUGGCCGACCGUUACUCUUUCUCGCUGACGACGUUCUCGCCCAGCGGCAAGCUGGUUCAGAUCGGUACGCUUCCACACAGGCCCCCACCAUUGCUGAUUUGCUACGACGAUGAAGCUGGAGGGUCGACAUACAAACUGACAAUCUCGCAGACCACCAACGGCAUCGUCCUCGCGACCGAGAAGAAGUCAUCAUCGCCACUUGCCGACCCUAGCUCGCUGUCCAAGAUCAGCCUCGUCACUCCCAACAUCGGAAUGGUGUACUCAGGCAUGGGUCCCGACUACAGAAUAUUGGUGGACAAGGCUCGCAAAGUGUCCCACACUGGCUACAAGCGCAUCUACAACGAGUACCCGCCCACGCGGAUAUUGGUGCAGGAUGUCGCUCGUGUGAUGCAGGAGGCGACCCAGUCUGGUGGUGUCAGACCCUACGGUGUCAGUCUGCUCAUCGCUGGCUGGGACGAGGGUAUCUUGCCCGAGGACGAGGCCGAGACCAAGGAAGGAGAGGAGAAAAAGCCUACUGGCAAGACGGGCGGUACUCUGAAGGGUGGACCGAUGCUGUACCAAGUCGACCCCUCCGGAAGUUACUUCCCCUGGAAGGCGACGGCCAUUGGCAAGAGUGCCACGUCGGCCAAGACAUUCCUGGAGAAGAGAUACACCGAGGGCUUGGAGCUUGAGGAUGCUGUGCACAUUGCGUUGCUCACGCUCAAGGAGACCAUCGAGGGUGAAAUGAACGGCGAGACCAUCGAGAUUGGUAUUGUCGGACCCCCAGCGGACCACUUGCUCGGCAUCGAGGGCGUCGAGGGCGCCACGGGCCCUCGCUUCAGGAAGCUCAGUCCCCAGGAAAUUGAGGACUAUCUUACGAACUUGUAA